AUAGAAAGGGAACGCAUCGCCAAAGAAAGAGCUGAAAAAGAGAGGAUAGAAAGGGAACGCAUCGCCAAAGAAAGAGCUGAAAAAGAGAGGAUAGAAAGGGAACGCAUCGCCAAAGAAAGAGCUGAAAAAGAGAGGAUAGAAAGGGAACGUAUCGCAAAAGAAAAUGCCCAAAAGGAGAGGCUGGAGAAAGAACGCAUCGCUAAAGAAAGAGCUGAAAAAGAAAGACUGGAGAGGGAACGCAUCGCCAAAGAAAAGGAUAGAAUCGCCAGGGAAAAAGAGAGGGUAGAAAAAGAACUAGUAGCCAAAGAAAAGGAGAGAAUGGACAGGGAACGCAUCGCCAAGGAAAGGGCAAGACUUGCUCAGGAGAAGGAGAGUAUUGAAAGGACAAGACUGGAGAAGGAAAGGACGGAGAAAGAGAGAAUUUCAAUGGAAAAGGCGCUGAUGGAAAGGCAGAGGCUUGCUAGAGAGAACGCUGCUCGGGACAAGAUGGAGGCGGAGAGACUGGCAAAGGUAGAAGUGAGGAAACCAAACUCUUCCCAACCAAAAGCUCCAACAGCUGAGGAAAAAAGUGAGGGACCAGUAGUAAGAAAGGCAGUGGAAGGGAAAUGUGCCGUGAGUGCAAAGAAAAAAUGACCCCAAGAAUCAAGGUUUCUAUUUCGUAAAUUAAGCUAGAAGAUCGGGAGCGGGAGGGAGGGGAGGAUCGUUCCCUUUUUGAAAAAAAUAUAAACUGUACAUUUGUGUCAUCACUGAGCAGGUCAACUUUUAUAUCCUGUGCUUCUCUAGUGUAACUACCUAUGGAAAUACAACCUGCUGAUUGGUCUGAUUUCUACUCUAAUCUUUUCAGUAUUCAACAUCCUUUUGUAGAUUUGAUGAUUUUAAAUCUGGAAGAAAAUCCUGAAAUGUGUUUGGCAGAUUUCUACCCAGUUUCUAUUCCGUUGCAUGUUUGGUUGAUUUGGUUUUAUUUGGGUGAGGAUAUCAGCUAAAGCAAGCAAACCCUAUAUCUCAUGAUGCAAGCGUGAAUAUGUUUUUUUC